AGUAAAAACUAUCAUGACUACACGCGCCGGCGGUCGCUCGAGCACUUCACUUCGCGAGGUUUUUCUCUCCUUCGAUACUCUAUCUAGAGUCGAUGGCUCAGCUAGAUUUGGAUUUGGUUCUGUCCCCCAAGCUCUCGUCUCCUUAUCUGGCCCAAUCGAGGUUCGAUUAGCGGCAGAACACCCUUCUCAAGCGACCCUCGAAGUUCAUCUUCGACCGAUAUCCAACGUUCCUUCCACAGAAUCCAAAUUCCUAUCGUCCUCCAUCUCUUCCGCUCUAACACCUUCGCUUAUUCUCACACAAAAUCCUCGAACGUUGAUUCAGAUAGUUAUACAAACGCUUGUCUCGAGUCCUGGUUCGAAAUGGAAGGACGGAUUGGUAGCGUCGAUGAUAAACGCUUGUACGCUGGCUUUGAUAAAUGCAGGAUCGAUACCUAUGAGAGGUGUCGUUUGUGCGGUUUCUUUGGGUUGCAUUCGGGUGGACUCGACGUACGUGUACGUUGUUGAUCCUACGGAAGACGAAGCUCGAGAUCUUGUUGGGGGAGGAUGUUUCGCGUUUUUGUUCUCUGAUUUUGAACCUCUGUCUGAAUCUGGUGCUACUUGUGUUUGGUCGAGUUGGAGGAGAUGGGAUGGGUUUGGGUUUGAUGAGGAAGAGAUUUUGAAGGCGAGGGGGAUGGCUAAGGAAGCGGCGAGGGAGGUUUGGAGGAGGGUGAAGAGGCUAGUUGAGGAGACUGAGGAUACGAGAAUGACGAGCGCGAUUCCGAUUCCGAAGAACAAAGCGGCGAAGAUGAAGAUGAAUGAGGGGGAGGUCGAGGAUGCGAAGAUGGAGAUUUGAUUCCCUUUGUCUGGGGUAUAUCCAGCGUUCUUAAGUUUGCGCCUGAAUGCUGAAGCUGCAACUAGUAUUCUUGAGAACUUGGACCUCCGAACGACGAUGACAAGGAUACUCUUCACACGUCCUGCCCGGUGAGAGACUGCACCAUAAUAAAAAUUACUAUGGUGUUUCUUGAGGGAAAGAUGCAUGUAUCGAUUGUGGUACUACAUACAGUCAUCGGGUAAAGACUACGCCAACUUUUCCUGCCUCGAAAUUCCCAUUCGUAAUAACCCAUGUUUCCACCGCAAUCUUGUUAGUCUCC